CCUGAGGGUGUGGUGUGGGUGAGCCUACCAGUAUCUCACCCUCACCACCACACCCACACCACAUCCUCAGGCCAGAAUAACCUGGAGAUGAAUUUGGUACACUUUUUUAGGUGUUCUUACCCUUUCUUCUUUGUGUUCAUGGGUGUUCUUUGGGAGUUCGUAGGUGUUCGUGGAUGUUCGUGGGUGUUCAUUCAAAAUGUAUGCUUAAAAAGUGAAACUAUAAAAAAAUUUUUGGGUGUUCGUUAGGGAUUACUAUACUCAGCUAGACGAGCUCUAUCGAUAGAGCUCGUCAAUCAAUAGUCGUCAAUACUCAGAUUUUAAUUUGGGGGUGUUCGUGGGUGUUCGCGUCUUUUAGCAAUACCCCCAUAAUCUUGAAUAUAUUCUUGCGCAAUAACUUAGACUAUAUGCUUGGGCAAUAACCUUAAGUAUGAUCUUCUCCGUUAUGUUACAACUCUAGUGCGUGGCAUAACAUUUUUAUUUGUAAAUUCUUUAAAAACUCCUGAGCAUAUUAAAUCUGAGUAAUAUUCUUUAUUUCCUUAUUGUAUUUUACGAAGUGUGCCUAAUAAGUUAGGGGUCUUGUGGAUUUGGUUAUAAGUAUUGUAAUUCUAAUGUUAAUUCCUUUUAGAAAAAAUACGGAAUUUAAAUUUAAUGAUAGUUUCAGUUUAUUUAUUUGUGUUUUAUUUUUUGUUGUAUUUUUAAUGUUAACUUGAUUACGUGGUGGUAUGGUUGAGUGACCUUAUGAUAUAUUUGGUAAGAUUAUAAGUGUUUUAUACUUUAUUCUUAUUCUUUAUUAGUUAAAUAUUGUUAUUUUGAAGAUAACUAUUUUUAUUAACUUGUGUUAUUAUUGUUAGUCUUUUGAUUCUCUUUUAUUUUAUGGGUUUAUUUUUGAGCUGAGCCUAUAAAGUUGUUAAUUUUAUUAGAAGUUUUCAGAGUUUCUUUUAUUUUGUUAGUUUGUGGGAUAUUAAUAAUAUUCGAAUUAAGAUUUUUAUAUUUUUGUUUAAGAUUAGUCUUUGCAGUGUGUGAAUCUGUUGUUGGUGUUUUGUUAUUUGUAAUUUAUAUUACUUUUAAUUUUAAUUUAGUUAAGAAAAGUUCUUUUAUAUUAUUAUAAUUUUUAUGGUUUUAAUAAGUCUAUUUUAUUUUAAUUAUUCUUUUGUUUUAGCUUUAUUAAUCGUUUAUAUGUCUUUAAAUUAUUUGUAUUUUUAUGAAGAGUAUUCAAUUAAGUUUAAGUUAGAAGUGGAAUCUUGAUUUUUAGUUUAUCUUGUUUUGUUGUUGUUACUUUUUAUUGUUUAUGAUUAUAUAAAUAAUUGGUUUAGUGUAUUAGUUCUUUUUAUUAGCUUAAUUGAUAUUUUAAUGGUAAAUAAUAUAUUAGUUUUUUAUUUCAUAUUUAAACUUUUAUUUACUUUAAUUAUAUUUUCUAUUUUAUUAUUAGGAUAUAAUUUAGAACGUUUGAUAGUUGGUUAUUUAAUGUUAUUUUAUUGUUUUUUGUUUUCUAGUAUUAGUUUGUUUAUGUUAAUAAAGCUUGAUUAUCAUAUUGAUUAUCAUAUUAAGGUUGAUAAUUCAUUUUUUAUUAUAAGUUGAGUAAAUCUAGAUAUUUUAUUAUUAAGGUUUUUAGUUUUUUCUUUCAUUAUUAAGUUUCCUGUGUUUGAUUUUCAUUACUGAUUACCUGUCGCUCAUGUCGAAGCUUCUACUAUAGGUUUUAUUAUUUUAGCUAGAGUAUUAUUAAAAAUAGGUAGGCUUUAUAUGUAGUUAAAUAUGUUAAUUACAUGUUUUUUAUAAGUUGGUUAUCUUUAGGUGUUUUAGUAAGAACGUUAGUUAUUUUAGUGGUUAGGGAUAUAAAAAUUAUAGCAGCAUAUUCUUCACUCGCUCAUAUAACUUUAGUUUAUUUUGUUAUAAUAUUAGGUUUUGAUUUAGGGGUUAAAGGUGGAAUUUUUAUGAUGUUUUAUCAUAAGGUUAUUUCUUCUUUAAUGUUUUGGUUAGUUGGUUUAUUAUCUGUUUUAGAAUCUCAUAGUAUUAUAGUUAUAAAACACAUUACUAUUAGUACUUAUUUUAUUUUUAUUGUUUUUAUUACUAUAGGAAUAAAUAAAGGUUUUUUUGGUAAAAUCGCGUUUCGCCAAUUCAACUUUCGCCAAUAGACAUUCACCAUAUUGGCGACCGGCGAAUGUCGUGUGGACAUUCGCCAGCACCCCUACGACAUUUGCUAUAAUUAUGGCGAAUGUCUCGGCGACAGUCGCCAGUACCUGUCCUCAGUAUUCAUUGGAGUGUGCAGCUAAAAUUGUUUAUAGUACUCGUGUAACUCGUUCUAUGGCCGCUUCGGCUAUUAAAUCAACAAAUGACGAUUUACAGGAAGUUGAUAAUACCAAAAUGAAAAAACAGAAAAUUGAUAAUAAUAGUAAGAAUAAACAGUUACCAUCUGCAUCGGUGGGUCAAUUUCAAGAUCUGAUGGAAUUGUUCUCAAUUGGUGGUGAUUCGCCCAAUACCAACUAUUUGUUCAUGGGAGAUUACGUCGAUCGGGGCUAUCAUUCCGUUGAAACAAUCACAUUACUUGUUGCAUUGAAAGUGCGACACAAAGAUCGUAUCACGAUUCUUCGUGGUAACCAUGAAUCGCGACAAAUAACCCAAGUCUAUGGAUUCUAUGAUGAAUGUCUGAGAAAAUAUGGCGAUGCCAAUGUAUGGAGAUAUUUUACUGAUCUCUUCGAUUAUCUUCCUCUGACAGCCAUUGUCGAAGACCGAAUCUUUUGCUUGCAUGGUGGUCUUAGUCCAUCCAUCGACACUUUGGAUCAGAUUCGAGCGUUAGAUAGGGUACAAGAAGUACCAUGCGCAGGUCCUAUGUGUGAUCUACUCUGGUCAAAUCCAGACGAUCGCGGAGGUUGGGGUAUCUCACAGCGACGUGGAAGCUAUACUUUCGGUCAAGACAUAUCGGAAACUUUCAAUUAUACCAACGGUCUACAAUUAAUCUCUCGAGCUCAUCAAUUAGUCAUGGAAGGUUACUGUUGGUUUCAUGACAAGAAUGUUGUCUCCAUCUUCUCUGCACCGAACUAUUGUUAUCGUUGUGGAAAUCAAGCAGCAAUCAUGGAACUUGAUGAUUCAUUGAAAUAUGCCUUCCUUCAAUUCGACUCAGGCCCUCAACGUGGUAAGCCCCACGUAAUACGAAGGACGCCGAAUUAUUUUCUUUAA